CAUUCUUGCAAGCGUUAUUGCUACUUAUAUCACCGUUCCACACUUGGCUAAUAAACAGUUUCUGUUAAGUUUUUGUUGAUAAAAUGCCAAGUAAAUUAUUAAAAAAAGGAAAGUUGAAACGUAAUUUUUGGUUGGCAAGUGAGGUAGAAUGCAUGUUAAAAUUGAUCAAAGAUAUGCAAUCCUCCCAAGGAACCACAGCCACAACUCAUUUUACGUUUGUGCAGAUAGCUAAUAAAAUGAGAAAAUAUGGUUUUGUAAACAAAUCACCAACCCAAAUACGAAGGAAAUGGUUUCAAAUGAAAUCUGCAUAUUUAUGUUUUAAGCGAGGAAAUACAGAAAGGCUGUUUUUAAUUCCAGAGAGAUUCAGAUCCAUUAUUGCACAAUUUGUUGAAGCAGAAUAUAAAAAUGGAAAAUCUCCGAGUGCCUGCUUGGUGACAGGUGACAGAGACCAAGAAAGUAACAUCAACACUGAUAUAAGCGGUACGUAUGGAAAAUUUUUGACUAAUGUAAGAAACAAUUGUUUCCUGUUGAAUAGAGACUUUAGAGAAAUGAACAAAUCCUUAAUAUUAUUUGAACGUAAACAACAAAGUAUAAGAGAUUCAUUAUUCGCUAAAUUUUUUAAUAAUUUUCUACACAGUACGAGUUAAAAACACACUAUUAAAACAUUGCAAUAUUGUAUAUGACUUUAAUCAGAAAAUGAAGUAGAAAAAUUCCUCAUUCUAUAUUUUGAAUGUAACUAAGCAAUAAUAAUUAUUUCUCUGACUUUACAAUGCAUAGCUUUUGCAACUGUGUUAAAAUGCUUUAUAAUAUUUUAUUUAAUGUAAUUUUAACCUACAUUUUAAGAUUGAUAAGUUAUUCCACAAUAUAAAAUAGUUAUUUGAAUAUCAUUUAUGUAGAAGCAAGUUAGCAUUUGAAAACACGCCAGCAUCUGUAUAACGACUGUAAUGCGAAACCCCAACAUUAAAAAUAAUUUCGUUUCUGGCGCCUUUGCAUCUUCUAGGUCGUGAAAAAGUAAAAAGCAAACGUCUUAAAUUAUUAAGAGCCAGACAAGUUGAGAAUAAAUAAAUUUGUUUAGUAAAAAUCCCCAUUGCUUAUAAUCUAAAUUAAAAUCCAAAACGCCUUUGAUUACAAUAAUAAUUAAAUUAAAUAACUAUAAUAAAAUAAAUCAGUCACGAAUAACUUACAAUAGUAAUAGAUAGUAACAGAAUUUAAAAGUACUAAAAAUAUUAGAGUGCUUCAUAUUAUCUUAUAUUAUUUACUCUUUUAAUGAAUUAUAUACGUUCCCCUGAAAUUAGACCCAUUAUUGGACUAGUGGUCAUGUAGAAAUUGAACGUAUGAUUAAGUUCAAGAUCAGUAACUCGGAGCAGUUAAAAAUGCUGUUUAUAAAAUCUCAAAUUAAAACAACAAAUGGGUCAGAAAAAUGCAUGGUAAUGUGUAAAAUUAAAAUUACUGCAACAAAAAUUAUAUCGCCUAAUCUUUAAUAACAUAUGUAAUAUAAGCCUUAUUGCUUAUAUGACAAGAUCUUGAGUUGGUGAGGUAUUAAGCAUUAGUAAGUUUUUGUGAUAAACACUUCAUCCUUUAUUAUUAAAUUCUCAUUUUUCUUACUACAUCAGAAGUAAAUAGAUUCCGUAUUUAACGUCAUGCUAUUUCUUUUCUCGUAUCAGAUUAUCGAUAACUUAUUUAAACAGGGGCCACAUACACAGAGAAACAAUACUACUGCAAAAACUACAGUAAAUUAAUGUUUCUUUAAUGUUUUAAAGUUUGUUACCAGCAGUUACGGGUUUGAAUUUUCCAGAAUACUUGAUUUAUGAAUGUUCAUUUUCAUGGAUCAUGUUCGAGCAAUUCAGUGAUAUAUCAAACCCAAAGUUACUUGAGAUUGAUUCAUUGCUAAAUUCUAUAACUAAUUAGUUCUCAAGAUACCGAGGCUUCUAAAUAUAUACAAGGCUUGCAAGGCUCUAUCAUAAUUACAACGCAGCAUUGAGUGUUUCAUCCACUUAUCCUACAUAUCAUAAAAAAAUACAUAAUAAUUCAUAUUCUAAAAAUAUUUAUAUACGUAACUACAAAUAUUUCUUGAAAGUGGUCUCUAGAAGUCAAACUCUAUUGAGACCGUUGUUGGAGACUUUACUCUAUAUACAGACUUAUCUUCAGACUUUGUUUUCACGGCAAAUGUUGUCAACUAUGGCUAACCAUGGUGAACCAAUAGCAUUUUCUUUUUUAAUUCGAAAAUCAGAACAUUUUGAAUUUUAGUAAGAUAUGUAUUGAGGUUUGUAGCCAAGUCUAAGUUUUUCUAGGCGUGUUCCAAACGUAAUUUGCAACUUCAGUAUGUUAUAUCGCUAGUAGUGGACACCAAGAAUUCUAUUAUAGAAUAAGAUAUUCUAUUUUUCUUGGUGUGUAUAUUUCACAAAAUUUGAUUUGAAAAUUCGCUAUUUGCUUAUUAUUUA